UGGCCAACUUGCAGUUGAAUUACUAGAACAAUCCUUCAGACAAGAUGAAACCAUGGCUAUGAAAUUACUCACUUACGAACUGAAAAACUGGAGUAACUCAACCUGCCUUAAGUUAGCAGUUUCUUCAAGACUUAGACCUUUUGUAGCUCAUACUUGUACGCAGAUGUUGUUAUCAGAUAUGUGGAUGGGACGGCUGAAUAUGAGAAAAAAUUCCUGGUAUAAGGUCAUAUUAAGCAUUUUAGUUCCACCUGCCAUUUUAAUGCUAGAGUAUAAAACCAAGGCUGAAAUGUCCCAUAUUCCACAAUCUCAAGAUGCUCAUCAAAUGACUAUGGAGGAUAGUGAAAACAAUUUUCACAACAUAACAGAAGAGAUACCCAUGGAAGUGUUUAAAGAAGUAAAGAUUUUGGAUAGCAGUGAAGGAAAGAAUGAAAUGGAAAUACAUAUUAAAUCAAAAAAGCUUCCAAUCACACGAAAGUUUUAUGCCUUUUAUCAUGCACCAAUUGUAAAGUUCUGGUUUAACACGUUGGCAUACUUAGGAUUUCUGAUGCUUUAUACAUUUGUAGUUCUUGUACAAAUGGAACAGCUACCUUCAGUUCAAGAAUGGAUUGUUAUUGCUUAUAUUUUUACGUAUGCUAUUGAAAAAAUCCGUGAGGUCUUUAUGUCUGAAGCUGGGAAAAUCAGCCAGAAGAUUAAAGUGUGGUUUAGUGACUACUUCAAUGUUAGUGACACAAUUGCCAUAAUUUCUUUCUUCAUUGGAUUUGGACUAAGAUUUGGAGCAAAAUGGAACUUUAUGAAUGCAUAUGACAAUCAUGUUUUUGUGGCUGGAAGAUUAAUUUACUGUCUUAAUAUAAUAUUUUGGUAUGUGCGUUUGCUAGAUUUUCUAGCUGUAAAUCAACAGGCAGGACCUUAUGUAAUGAUGAUUGGAAAAAUGGUGGCAAAUAUGUUCUACAUUGUAGUGAUAAUGGCUCUUGUGUUACUUAGUUUUGGUGUUCCCAGAAAGGCAAUCCUUUAUCCACACGAAGCACCAUCUUGGUCUCUUGCUAAAGAUAUAGUUUUUCAUCCAUACUGGAUGAUUUUUGGUGAAGUUUAUGCAUAUGAAAUUGAUGUGUGUGCAAAUGAUUCCACUAUCAAGGAAAUUUGUGGUCCUGGGACAUGGUUGACUCCAUUUCUUCAAGCAGUCUACCUCUUUGUACAGUAUAUCAUUAUGGUUAAUCUCCUUAUUGCAUUUUUCAAUAAUGUAUAUUUACAAGUGAAGGCAAUUUCCAAUAUUGUAUGGAAGUAUCAGCGUUACCAUUUUAUUAUGGCUUAUCAUGAAAAACCAGUUCUGCCUCCUCCGCUUAUCAUUCUUAGCCAUAUAGUUUCACUGUUUUGCUGUGUAUGUAAAAGAAGAAAGAAAGAUAAGACUUCUGAUGGGCCAAAACUUUUCUUAACAGAAGAAGAUCAAAAGAAACUCCAUGACUUUGAAGAGCAGUGUGUUGAAAUGUAUUUUGAUGAAAAAGAUGACAAAUUCCAUUCUGGGAGUGAAGAGAGAAUCCGUGUCACUUUUGAAAGAGUGGAGCAGAUGUGCAUUCAGAUUAAAGAAGUUGGAGAUCGUGUCAACUACAUAAAAAGAUCGUUACAGUCUUUAGAUUCUCAAAUCGGUCAUCUGCAAGAUCUCUCAGCCCUGACAGUAGAUACGUUAAAAACACUUACAGCCCAGAAAGCUUCAGAAGCUAGCAAAGUGCACAAUGAGAUCACACGAGAAUUGAGUGUUUCAAAACACUUGGCUCAGAAUCUUAUUGAUGAUGUUCCUGUACGACCUCUGUGGAAAAAGCAGAGUGUCGUAAAUACCCUGAGUUCCUCUCUUCCUCAAGGUGACCGGGAAAGUAAUAAUCCUUUUCUUUGUAACAUCUUUAUGAAGGAUGAAAAAGACCCCCAGUAUAACCUGUUUGGUCAAGAUUUGCCUAUGAUACCCCAGAGAAAAGAAUUCAACAUUCCAGAGGCUGGUUCCUCCUGUGGUGCCUUAUUCCCAAGUGCUGUUUCUCCCCCAGAAUUACGACAGAGGCGACAUGGGGUAGAAAUCUUAAAAAUAUUUAAUAAAAAUCAAAAAGUAGGCAGUUCACCUAAUAGUUCACCGCAGAUGUCAUCCCCACCAACCAAAUUUUCUGUGAGUACCCCAUCCCAGCCAAGUUGCAAAAGCCACUUGGAAUCUGCAACCAAAGAUCCAGAACCCGCUUUCUAUAAAGCUGCAGAAGGGGAUAACAUAGAAUUUGGAGCAUUUGUGGGACACAGAGAUAGUAUGGACUUACAGAGGCUUAAAGAAACAUCAAACAAAAUAAAAGAACUGUUAUCCAAUGAUAGUCCUGAAAACACUUUGAAACACGUGGGUGUUGCUGGAUACAGUGAGUGUCAAAAGACUUCUGCUUCUCUUCACUCAGAACGAGAAAGCAGUAGUAGAAGAAUGUCUACAGAAGACUCUCCAGAAGUAGAUUCUAAAGCAGCUUUGUUACCGGAUUGGUUACGAGAUAGACCAUCAAACAGAGAAAUGCCAUCUGAAGGAGGAACAUUAAAUGGUCUUGCGUCUCCGUUUAAGCCUGUUAUGGAUACAAAUUACUAUUACUCAGCUGUGGAAAGAAAUAACCUGAUGAGGUUGUCACAGAGUAUUCCCUUCGUUCCUGUACCACCACGAGGUGAGCCUGUCACGGUGUAUCGUCUGGAGGAGAGUUCUCCCAGCAUACUGAAUAACAGCAUGUCUUCUUGGUCUCAGUUAGGCCUCUGUGCCAAAAUUGAGUUUUUAAGUAAAGAAGAAAUGGGAGGCGGUUUACGAAGAGCAGUCAAAGUACAGUGUACCUGGUCAGAGCAUGAUAUCCUGAAGUCAGGGCAUCUUUAUAUCAUUAAAUCUUUUCUCCCUGAGGUGAUUAACACAUGGUCAAGCAUUUAUAAAGAAGAUACAGUUCUGCAUCUCUGUCUCAGAGAAAUACAACAACAGAGAGCAGCACAAAAGCUUACGUUUGCCUUUAAUCAGAUGAAACCCAAAUCCAUACCAUAUUCUCCAAGGUUCCUUGAGGUUUUCCUGCUAUACUGCCAUUCAGCAGGGCAAUGGUUUGCUGUAGAAGAAUGCAUGACUGGAGAAUUUAGAAAAUACAACAAUAACAAUGGUGAUGAAAUUAUUCCAACAAACACUCUGGAAGAGAUCAUGCUAGCCUUUAGCCACUGGACCUAUGAAUAUACCAGAGGGGAGUUACUGGUGCUUGACUUACAAGGUGUAGGUGAAAACUUGACUGACCCAUCUGUGAUAAAAGCUGAAGAAAAAAGAUCCUGUGACAUGGUUUUUGGCCCUGCCAAUCUAGGAGAAGAUGCAAUAAAAAACUUCCGAGCCAAACACCACUGUAAUUCUUGCUGUCGAAAGCUUAAACUUCCAGAUCUGAAGAGGAAUGACUACACGCCUGAUAAAGUUAUAUUUCCUCAGGAUGAGUCAUCAGAUUUGAAUCUUCAAGCUGGAAAUUCCACCAAAGAAUCAGAAGCAACAAAUUCUGUUCGUCUGAUGUUAUAGUACUGAAUCAUUGAUUUUUGCCUACAUUUCACAAAAGUCUGAUUGUCGUUUUUCCUUCGGCUGGGAAUUGAUGAUAUAGGUGUGUGCAAAAUGAGCUUGCUGGUCUCACACAUACUUUAGAGGUUAAUGUUCUCAUUGGAAAGCACCUCAAGGAUACAGAUGACUGCUGGGAAAUGUUAACAUUGAUAGGAAGUUAGUACUUUCAAGUUGUGAAGGGCUUUUAUAGCAGAGAUCUGAAACUUUGCUGUCAAGGGUGGUGAUUCCCUGUCACUUGGUGCAGAACCAUUAACCAAAGUCAAGUGUCUUCGAAUUUUAUUGGCUGCUCAGUUACAGCCAUUUAGCUAAAGGAAUUAAAUCUUUGGUUAAAUGGCAGAAGUCUUCCUCAGUUUGGAGUGCUCUCAACUAGGUGUUUGUGGCCACAGGAAAAAUGACAGUUCUAGCAUCACAGGUAUGUUUAAAAGCCUGCGCUGAAAACCAUUUGUCUUCCCUCAAUCCCUCUCUCCCUUCUCCGUGUAGUAUUGAGGAUCAAAUCUAGGGCCUCAUGAAGACCAUUUUAACAGUCAACCUUAGAUCUAUGCUGAUGGAUACAGCCAGUUUCUUGUUAAACAAAGCCUGAUUUGUGCAGAAGGGUUUUUUAAGCAUUAGUUUAUCAAUGUUAAGUAAAAGAAAGCCAUGAUAAUAAGAAUUAACUCACUGUUCAGUGGGUAUUUUCUGAGGAAGGUUACAGUUGUAACAACCUGCAGUUGCUUACAUCUCCAAAGACUUACUGUAUUGUUCAAAUCAGAGUGUCAUAUGAGCGCUCACAUUUAAAGUUGUAUAGGAAUGUGUCGAUGUGAAUUCUGUUCUGGUACUUAUUUAAGAAAUCAGUUGUUGGAUUGUUCUUAUACAACAUAGGGAAAUCACAAUCCAACUUUAUGCCAAUAAAAUGUAACUUAAUUGCCCAGAUAUUUUUUUUGCAUAUUCAGCAACAAGAAAAGCUUAUAAUUUGACUCAAGUUUUAUGCUUUCUCUUUCUUUUUAUUUCCUAGGUACUAAUUUUAAUUUUAUUUGGAAGGGAGCAGUGUAAAGCUUAUUUGUAUUCAAUAGUGUAUCUCAUAGAUACAGACAAGGCAAGCAGAGAUAAGCUGUUAAAUAGUGUUUAAUGUUGAUGUGGAGAGAAAAAGUGUAUUACUUAAAGAUACUAUACCAUAUACGUUUUGUAUAUCAUUAAAUCUUUAAAAGAAAUUAAAUUUAUUCUUGUUUACAGA